UCCUUCUGUGUUGUUCAUCUUGUUCGAACUAUUUUUACAGUCUAACGCGAUGUUGGGUUCAAGUCAAUCUAAGAGCAUUGCUUCAAAGAGUGAAGAGCCUGAAGGAAAAAAGGACUUGGCCAGCAACUUAUCGAGCCAAGAGGGUAAGUUUGACGAUUCUGGAAGUCUGUCGUUUCUUGAGUCUGCGAUUCCGGAUCGGAACAUUUCACAAAACCCGUCUACAAGCAGAGCUGCCACUGAGGAAGGGGAGUCGGCUCGCAAAGAAAAAUUGCUCAUAGGCUUUUUGGGCCUUGAUAAAAUGGGCAGUAUAAUAGUGCAACGAUUGAUAAACAACGGUUUUUCAGUGUUCAUCUGGGAUUACAGCAAGUGUAAGACGGAGGAGCUUUCUGUGGCUGGGGCAACAGCUUUGGACGGCGCCUCACACGUUAUUACUUCUGCAGACAUUAUAAUGUCGUGUUUCGACGAUCCGGCUAUCGCUGGACGAGUUUUUGACCAAUAUGUAAAUCCUUUUAUAAAAGAAGAAAAAGGUUUUGUGGAAUUGUCAAGAAUCGACAAUCUCGAAUCCAAAUGUCAUUAUGACGAAAUCAAAGCAAAAGGAGGAAGAUAUCUGGAAGCGCAAUUGCUCGGUAGUCCGAAUGAAGUUGAAAACAGCACUAUUUCUCUUGUUUGCGCUGGGGACAAUAGUCUCUGGGAAGAAUCGCAUGUCAUAUUCGAGUGUUUCGUUUCUGUGGAUUUUUUUUAUGGGCAGAAAGUCGGAUACGCAACCAACAUGAGCUGCAUUUAUCAACAGUAUUAUGGGAUCUGUUUAGCCGGAUGGGCUGAAACUCUUUCGCUCGCCAAAAAACUGGGCAUCAAAUUGUCGGAUGUUUUGAAAGUAGUGAGUACAACAAAAAAAUGUAGCCCUUUUAUUGUGGAAAUGGGAGAAAAAUGUUCAGAACUCCUCUUUGAAGAAGACAGCCAGGCAUUAGAAACUGUGAAGUUAGACAUAAAUCAUGCUUUGCUGAAAAGUGAUUUGUGUAAACAUCCUAUGCCAAUCACUGCAAUUGUCAAGGAGAUAUUUAAGACUGGAAAUGAGUCCAAAAAGGCUGAAGAUAAAAAAUUCUUAGAAUCUAAAAAGUAAGAA